UCACAAAUUAUUUUCCCGCUGUCUCGUACCUACCCUUCUGUUUUGGCGGUAAAAGUUCUUAAGGAGCAUGCAAUAUAUUGGUGAAAUUCUUCGUCAUCGGUACAACCUUUUCGAACUACAGCCAUGAAUUCGAGAGACCUGACUAUGAUCUCUACUGCCACUAUAGCCGGUGCCGUCGCCACCGCAUUCGCAAUUCGUUUCUUUGUAAACCCUAGGAAGAAGUUGUCCGCCGGCAACGCUGCUUCAGACGUCGUGCUACAGAGCAAUUCAUCAUCUAUCGAUCCUUACAAUCCCUCGAAACGCAACGGAUACUUAUCAUGGGAUGACUAUUUUAUGGCCAUCGCAUUUCUGUCAGCUGAGAGAUCCAAGGAUCCCUACAGGCAGGUUGGAGCAUGCUUGGUGAGUCAAGAUGGUAUAAUACUUGGCAUUGGCUACAAUGGAUUUCCACGUGGUUGUUCUGAUGACAAACUUCCAUGGUCAAAAAAAUCCAAGAAUGGGGAUCCGUUGGAGACAAAGUAUCCUUAUGUUUGCCAUGCUGAAGUUAAUUGCAUUUUGAACACAAAUCAUGCAUCUGCUGCAGGGCAGAAGCUAUAUGUAACAAUGUAUCCUUGCAACGAGUGUGCAAAAGUCAUCAUUCAGUCUGGUGUUUCUGAAGUUAUCUAUUUUGUGGAGAAGAGUUUGGAGAAUGCUGAUGUUAUUUAUGUUGCUUCUCACAAGCUUCUCUCAUUGGCAGGUGUAAAAGUUAGAAGACAUGAGCCUAGGAUGAAUCAGAUUUUACUCAGAUUUAGUCAAACCUAGAAGAAGCUCAUUUCAUGGUGUGGCUGUUGGUAAUUGGUAUGUUAUGUUUUCCAACAUAUUGUAUGUGAUUUCUCUUUUAGCGAAUAACACAUGAACUUGUGAACAUUAUGUGAUAAAUGGUGGUAAAACUGUUGUGGCUUCUGUUAACAGUCAUAUCGUCCACAAUGCAAGUUUAUUUGAAUCA